AUGCUUUGUUUCCUAUCACAAGGGUCAAUCCUCGUAUUGACAAAUGCAAACUCGACAGAACCAGACAUUGCAUCAAUAAGCUCUGCGGUAACAGAUUUUUUGGCAACAGUUUUUACGACAAUAAGCACUUCUACGUUUACCGAUUCCUUGAUACCCUUAACUUAUGAAACAUCAGUAUUUGAAGCAACAAUCGCUACCGCAACGGCACUAGCAGGUGACUCCACUUCAAUUUCCAUAAAUACCACUACAGUACUAAGCGAUGCCACGAUAAUAACGAGCGAUAACACAAUAGCAACAAACAAUACUGCACCAACAGUAGGUGGUACUACAGCAGCAACAAACGAUACUGCACCAACAGUAGGUGGUACUACAGCAGCAACAAACGAUACUGCACCAACAGUAGGUGGUACUACAGCAGCAACAAACGAUACUGCACCAACAGUAGGUGGUACUACAGCAGCAACAAACGAUACUGCACCAACAGUAGGUGGUACUACAGCAGCAACAAAAGAUACUGUAACAAAAAAUAAUACAACACCCUCACCUUUACCCACAGCAGGAACAAGCAAUACUGCAGCAACACCGACCAAUACCGCAGCAACAGCCAUAACAUCUCAAAGCUCCACAAUAUCUUCUUUACUCGCGAACAUUACUAUAGUUAAUUGCGAUUGUUCCACAUUCUGCUUUAAUGGAUCAGCGAAUAUUACAGACGGAAGCGAAUUCAACAGAGAUAUUGUAGAAGGUAGAGAACCUCGAGCGCCUACGUCAGACGCAGCGUCUGUCCGCAACUCAUUAGUUGACAACAACGGAUGUCAAAUACCCUAUAAUAUUUCCCAUUUAAAUGUAAAUGCCACUUCGUAUAUAUGGUUCUGUUACAAAGACCAAUGUUGGUCUAACGGCAACAACACAUCGAAUUGCCCAUCAGGAAAAUAUGCAUUGAUUGAACUUACCUCGGAUGAACCGAACAAAACGAUUAGUAUCAAUGUUCAAAGUUUAAGUAAACGCAGCCGUUCGACGACUCAAGAACAAGAAUGCCUUCAUUAUUAUUAUUAUAUGCCUAUGUCGGAUUACACAGAGGAAAACAUUGAAGUACAUAUGAUCAACAGUACAAAGAGCAUUGUACUCCAAAAUGUGACAAACCAGAGUACGACGAACAAGGGUUGGCAAAAAGUUAGUUUAAAUAUGUCUCGUUCUGAAGAUAAUUACACACUUGAAUUUCAUUUCAAAACUACAAAAAAUUCGACAAGUACUGAUCCAGUUUAUUUCGCACUUGAUGAAAUCGCUGUGUAUAACGUUAGUUGUAAAGUUGUUGAUACAUUGCAAAAUCCAUCUUCAACAACAACAACUUCACCUCUCCCAUCGACGACAACCGAUGUCGGCCUAAUUGUGGCUCUGACGCUUGGUUUAGGAAUUCCGUUCAUUUUCGGAAUUAUGGCUGGCAUUUUCUAUUUGAUGAAAAAAUAUUUGCAUAAAAAACUACGCCACAGACAAGAUAGUUAUAUACCGACUGCACAACUUCCAAGCAACCAAUAUGGUUAUUACGGUAUUGGACUAUCGAGUUUCUGA